AUGCUUUGGCAUCGAGUCUCGACACUUUUCCAUUACAUUGCGUAUAUCAAUAUUGCCGAUGAACAAAAAUAUGCGAAAAACAAUCAAGAAUAUAAAAAGAAAAUCAAAGAGAACAACAAAUUAAACACGAAGCAGAUGAUUUUGCUUGACAGCGACGGCGACAGCGAUAACGAUCCGAAACCGGAAGAUGACGACUGUCAAGAUCCAGACUUCAAAGAUUACUGUGUUCUGGACGCAACAAACUCGACGAAAAAGAAGUCGAAGAAAAAACUAAGUUCUGGCAACAAUCAACAAAGAGUAUCAAAGAGACGAUCUGGAGCGAAUUUCUUGUCCAACGUAACACAAGAUACAGAGCUGUCUGUUCUUCCUUCUGUACAUUCAUCAGCUUAUGAAUCUCCCCAAGCAAGAACCUAUCGAGAGUUGAAAGAAGACAUCGUCGAAAAGCAAAAAGAGUUCGAAGCUCAGAUGGACUCGUCACGAGCAUCAACAGAUUUCUCAAAUCCUUAUGAACCCGGCAACUUCGAUUCUUUAUACGAACGAGGGCGUUCCACCAUCGAUGAUUAUUCCGAUGCCCCGUCAACGCCAUUUUCUCAGAUUGGUCAAGGCGGACGAAGAAAUGUUUCUCCAGCGAUUCCUAAAGAAAAUGGUUUCGUCUUCCCGAAAGUUGAAGAGAACGAUUUUUCAUCAUCUUAUACCUAA